AUGAAACACAAAACCGAUUACGGGGAAAAAGAGAACAGCGGCUUUCCCGGGCAGGAGGCGAAAUCGACUGUUGGCAAAACUUUCGCCCUUGGUUCCUCGGGCGGUUGGUACCUGCGGGAGGCCGGAGGGCCGGCUCCUUCCCCCCCGACCCUCCCGCCGGGGCUCGAAAGCCUGUCUGCCAGGAGCAACAUGAUCAGCACGCCCAAGCCCCUCGCCUUCUCCAUUGAGCGCAUCAUGGCGCGGACGCCGGAGCCCCGCUCCGUCCCCGUCCCGCAGCUCCUCCACGGCUCCGCCGCCAAAGCCGACCCCAAGCACCCGCUGCACCUCAGCUCCUCCAUCCCCUGCAUGAUCCCCUUCGUCCCGGUGGCGUACGACUCCCUGCCCAAGGCGGCGGCGGCCGGAGCGGAACCCAGGAAGGCUCAUUUAGACUCCUCUUCCUCGCCCUCCUUCAGCUGCGGCGAUCUCUUGAACUGUGCCCUGAGCUUGAAAGGAGAUUUCCCCCGCGACGCCCUGCCUUUGCAGCAGUACAAACUGGUAAGACCCCGAGUGGUCAAUCACUCCUCCUUCCACGCCAUGGGAGCCCUGUGCUAUUUCAACCGAGGCGACGGCCCCUGUCACCCGUCCUCCGGUGUCAACAUCCACCCGGUGGCUUCUUAUCUCCUCAGCUCUCCCCUGCACCCGCCGCCCAAGGCUUACCUGGCCGAGAGGAACAAGCUGGGGCUGCCGGGCGUCGACAAGUACCCGGCGCCGGGCAGCAGGCCCAAAGUUUUCACGUGUGAAGUUUGCGGAAAGGUAUUUAAUGCACAUUACAACUUAACUCGCCACAUGCCGGUGCACACGGGAGCCAGACCCUUUGUCUGCAAAGUUUGCGGGAAGGGCUUCAGACAGGCGAGCACGCUGUGCCGACACAAGAUCAUCCACACCCAGGAGAAGCCACACAAGUGCAACCAGUGCGGCAAAGCCUUUAACCGGAGCUCGACCCUGAACACGCACACGCGGAUACACGCCGGCUACAAACCCUUCGUCUGCGAGUUCUGCGGCAAAGGGUUUCACCAGAAAGGCAACUACAAGAACCACAAGCUGACCCACAGCGGGGAGAAGCAGUUCAAGUGCAAUAUCUGCAACAAGGCUUUCCACCAGGUGUACAAUCUGACCUUCCACAUGCACACCCACAACGACAAGAAGCCCUUCACCUGCCCCACCUGCGGCAAAGGCUUCUGCAGGAACUUUGACCUCAAAAAANUUAUCCGUAUCAUGUAUGACAACUGGUCGGCCUCCUUCUACCGGUCCCUCAUGGACGCUGGGGGGAGAAGGGUGUUGGUGCGUCUGAAUCUGCUAAAACAGAGCCGUAGAGUUCAGCAUUAG